UUCCAGACCUGGGAGGAGGCGGCGGCCUCUGGCUGCUCGGCCGCGCGCCCCCUCUACCCUCUGCUCCCGCGGGGCCUCAGCUCUGCAGCCGCCCGGCCCACCCGCGCCCCGCCGGCUGCAUCCGCUGCGCCCAAACCGGAGUGAAGAUCCGUCCUGGCUGGAAAGAAAGGGACGCGGGAGCGGCCACGGCAGGGUUAACCUCUGUUUCUGCUCACCAUGGGAGAGAUCAAAGUCUCUCCAGAUUAUAAUUGGUUUAGAAGUACCGUUCCCCUGAAAAAGAUAAUCGUGGAUGACGAUGACAGUAAGAUCUGGUCACUCUAUGAUGCUGGCCCCAGAAACAUCAGGUGUCCUCUCAUCUUUCUUCCUCCCGUCAGCGGAACUGCAGAUGUGUUUUUCCAGCAGAUUUUGGCUUUGACUGGAUGGGGUUACCGUGUUAUAGCUUUGCAGUAUCCAGUUUAUUGGGACCAUCUUGAAUUCUGUGAUGGAUUCAGAAAACUUUUAGACCACCUACAGUUGGAUAAAGUCCAUCUGUUUGGGGCAUCUUUGGGAGGCUUUUUGGCUCAGAAAUUUGCUGAAUACACUCACAAGUCUCCCAGAGUGCACUCCCUCAUCCUGUGCAAUGCCUUCAGUGACACGUCUAUCUUCAACCAAACGUGGACUGCAAACAGCUUCUGGCUGAUGCCAGCAUUUAUGCUCAAGAAGAUAGUUCUGGGGAACUUUUCCUCUGGCCCAGUAGACCCUAUGAUGGCUGACGCCAUCGAUUUCAUGGUGGACCGGCUGGAGAGUUUGGGUCAAAGUGAACUGGCUUCAAGACUCACCCUCAACUGUCAGAAUUCCUACGUGGAGCCUCAUAAGAUUCGGGACAUCCCUGUCACCAUCAUGGAUGUGUUUGACCAGAGUGCGCUGUCAACAGAAGCCAAGGAGGAAAUGUAUAAACUGUACCCUAAUGCCCGGAGAGCUCACCUUAAGACAGGAGGCAAUUUCCCCUACCUGUGCAGGAGUGCAGAGGUCAAUCUUUAUGUGCAGAUACAUCUGCUGCAGUUCCACGGAACCAAAUACGCUGCCAUCGACCCGUCAGUGGUCAGUGCGGAGGAGCUGGAGGUGCAGAAAGGCCGCCUCGGCCUCAGCCAGGAGGAGCCAUAGAUGGGGCUCGAGGCAUCGAGCCCCCCUGCUCUUGCACAAUCAGUUCAGGGUCGUCAGGCACACUGGUCCUCACUGUUCUAGAAGUAGGACUGAUUGUCAAUCUCAUGACAGGCGUCAGCUCUUCUAAGCCAGUGUGACUGUCCCCUCUCCACGUUUGUUUUUGUUUUAAACUUUUGAAUUUGAAGAACUUUUGAAGACUCCCCAUUUUAAGAACUGUGGAAAUUUUGCUACCAAAAGUCUUCUCCACGCCCGUGUGUUCAUCUCGAAGGCUUGGGAUCAUGUGGCGUUUUCUCUUUUCCUGCUUUCUAUAACUGCUGCACCUCCAGGUUGGAAAAGGAACACCGGUCAUCUUUAUGGUUUCUUGGGCAUAACCAGAGUGCCAAGGCAGGCAGCUGGCUGGCCACUCCCUACACAUCAGCUUUUUAGUUUCCAGUUGAGCACACCAUUUUGAGUAUUAGCUAUUGUAUUUCUAGACAUUACAUUUGGAAUAAAAAUUAAAUUUCGGCGA